AUGGGGAGAGGAAAGAUUGUGAUCCGUAGGAUCGACAAUUCCACAAGUAGGCAAGUCACCUUUUCAAAGAGAAGAAAUGGUUUGUUGAAGAAGGCCAAGGAGCUAGCAAUUCUUUGUGAUGCUGAAGUUGGAGUUAUUAUCUUCUCUGGCACUGGAAAGCUCUAUGAUUAUGCCAGCACUAGCAUGAAAUCUAUAAUCGAAAGAUACAACAGAAUGAAAGAGGAGCACCACAGACUGUUGAAUCCUGCUUCUGAGAUCAAGUUUUGGCAAAGGGAAGUAGCAAGUUUGAGGCAGCAGCUGCAUUACUUGCAAGAUACCCACAGGAAGCUUCUAGGAGAAGAAUUAUUUGGGUUGAGCGUCAAUGAUCUAGUACAGCUCGAGAAUCAACUGGAGGUCAGUUUGAAAGGAGUCCGCGUAAAAAAGGAGCAGGUUCUAACUGAUGAAAUCAAGCAAUUACAUCGGAAGGGGAAUCAUCUUCAUGAAGAAAAUAUUGAGUUGUACAACAAGGUUAACCUCAUUCAUCAAGAGAACAUACAACUGCAGAAGAAGGUUCAAGAACAAGAGAACAUAAAUAAAUCACACGGGAGCAUAUGUACAACAAAUGUGACCAGCAACAUGAAUGAGUUACAUGUACCAAUGAAUCUCCAGCUAAGCCAGCCGCAUGCACAGAAGAAUGAAGCACCGAAAAAUCCCAUGAAGCUUGGGCUGGAGCUGUACUAGGGAGCAAAGAGUGAUGAAGACUAUCACUCCUAGU